CGCUGUCGUUUCUGUUAAGAAAGAGAAGACGGCAAACGCUAACGUGUUUUACGUAGACCGUAAACGCUUCCGUCCGACGGUGAAGAACCGAAACGGAGUCAAAGAAGUAAAAACCAAACUACUCAAUCGAUCUCUCUCUCUCUCUCUCUCUCUCUCUCUCUGGGAUCUCUUUGACGCAUCGUCGGAAGAAUUUUGCUUCCGACGACGUUUCUCUCGUUUGAUUUUCUCUCCGGACAUCUUGUCCUGAUCGUCGUUUUGCGCCGGAUUAGGCUCGGUGCUGGAUUUCAAAUCUGGAGAAACUGAAUCUGCGAAUCUCGUGCCCGGAGGUGGCUUAAAAAAUGGCCGGGAUCCUGAAUAAAUUGCGGAAUCUGGAUGCUUAUCCUAAGAUCAAUGAGGAUUUUUACAGCCGUACGUUAUCCGGCGGCGUUAUAACCCUCGUCUCAUCCGUCGUUAUGUUUCUUCUCUUCUUCUCCGAGCUACGAUUAUAUCUUCACACUGUUACAGAGACGAAGCUCGUUGUGGAUACUUCAAGAGGAGAAACGUUACGCAUCAAUUUUGAUAUUACUUUUCCUGCUCUAGCAUGUUCGAUUCUCAGUGUAGACGCCAUGGAUAUUAGUGGAGAGCUGCAUCUUGACGUGAAACAUGAUAUCAUAAAGAGAAGACUAGAUUCUCAUGGAAACACUAUAGAAGCAAGACAGGAUGGAAUAGGCGCUACUAAGAUUGAAAAACCACUGCAGAAACAUGGUGGCAGGCUAGAACAUAACGAGACUUACUGUGGCUCUUGCUAUGGGGCUGAAGCGGAAGUGCAUGACUGCUGCAAUUCAUGUGAGGAUGUUCGUGAAGCAUAUCGAAAGAAAGGUUGGGGGGUUACAAAUCCAGAUUUGAUUGACCAGUGUAAACGAGAAGGUUUUCUACAAAGAGUAAAGGAUGAAGAAGGUGAAGGGUGUAAUAUAUACGGGUUCUUGGAGGUAAAUAAAGUGGCUGGGAACUUCCACUUUGCUCCUGGGAAAAGCUUUCAUCAGUCGGGCGUUCACGUUCAUGAUCUUCUUGCUUUUCAGAAAGACAGUUUUAACAUAAGUCACAAAAUCAGCAGACUUACAUAUGGGGACUACUUCCCCGGCGUCGUGAACCCUCUUGACAGAGUCCAGUGGAGUCAAGACACACCUAAUGCUAUGUACCAAUACUUUAUUAAGGUUGUACCAACAGUAUACACAGAUAUCAGUGGACACACAAUUCAAUCAAAUCAGUUCUCAGUGACCGAACAUGUUAAGAGCUCAGACGCAGGUCAGCUACAAUCCUUACCAGGAGUUUUCUUCUUCUAUGAUCUUUCUCCAAUCAAGGUAACUUUUACAGAGGAACAUAUAUCGUUCUUGCACUUCUUGACGAAUGUUUGUGCCAUAGUUGGAGGUGUUUUCACUGUAUCUGGGAUAAUAGAUGCGUUUGUAUACCAUGGGCAAAAAGCAAUCAAGAAGAAGAUGGAAAUUGGUAAAUUUAGCUGAGGUUUAAUUGUUUGUUUUGUUUAAAGUCUUUUGGGGUUGGUCACUCUUUUGUCGUUUACGGAUAUACUAAAGGGAUCAAUUCGUCAAAUGUAAUAUCAAUUUAAUCAUAACUUAAUUCUUUUUGGUUAAACUCACUCUAUAUGGAGGGUGUCAAGCUAGUUCGCUCAACAAGUUGAGAGUAUUUCUGUGC